AGGAAAUACCUCUGAGCGUUUAAGCUCGUCACGCCCCGUACUAUGAACUUACCCGAUCCCGACGUCACUGUGCGUGUGGCAGCAGAUCAACCCCGCCACGCAACAGGGAUGUCGCGAGAACAUGAAAAACAGAAAAAGCAAUAAGCGAAUGAUGUCAGUACCUCCCUCACUAUGGCUGCUGCCCGCCCAACUUUCCUUGACUUCUUCGAUAUCGAAUAAUCCCAAAACCUUGCAAUAGUCCGCAAGCAAAUCCUACCCAGGACUGUCAGACCUGCACGACUCGCUACCGAAUUCUGGCAAGUAAUCGACGGAAUCCCGUCCUUCACCUUGUUCAUUGCACUGUUUCGUCCCGACCGUACGGCACAGCACAGCGCAACUCCACACUUCAUCCCACCUCAGCAUUCCAUUCCCCGAGCUCCAGCCUCAAGCGUCCAAAAGCUCCCUCUUCGAGCGACCUCGCACGGCCACCGACGCCACACUUCACAUAAUGUCGUCCCCACCAACACCGCCCGACGAGAAGCAGACGGAAGAGCAAAAGCAGACCCAAAAAGAAAAGGUCCUCGCCCAAGCCACCGCCAAGCUCGAAGAGGCACAGAAAGAGACCGAAGCCGCGCAGGCGCUCCGCGAGCGGGCCGAGGCGACCGAGGACCCGGAGGAGAAGAAGAAGAUACUCGCCGAGGCGGCGGAGCACGAGAAAAAGGCACAGGGGUCGGCUAAGCAGUCGAAGCGGCUGCAGAGCGGCGUGUGGCAGGGCGGCAUCGGUGGCGCGGGCAUCGGAGCCGGACUUGGCACGGGACUGGGCGCCGGGGUGGGUACGUUGGUGGGGGCUGUUGUCGGCGGUGUCACGGCUAUUCCUACGACGGGGCUGGGGCUUUUGGUUGGCGCUGGGACGGGCGCGAUACACGGGCCUUGGUAUAAACUGGAACAGGAGAAGAAGGAGGCUGAGGAGGCAGAGGCGAGUGGGGAUGAUGGGGGAGAGCCCAAGGAUAGAGCAGGAGCUGAGAAGGCCGUCAAGGCCGGGUAAAACCUAGACCUCGGUUGUGUUUCCUCGUGUCUUAUCCUUUUUUGUUUGACGAGAGUACCAUCUGAUGAGGGCUGUAUGAUAUACGGGUGCAAGCUUUUGUUUAUGGGAUGCGAGGGGGGAUCAUGGCUUACGACCGAAAACGGCCAUUGCAUAUAGCCUUGUUUUCUCAUUUUGUUUCCUUUUCGUCGUUCUUCUUUCCAUUAUACCUAGCAUAGCAACACGAUCUUGGGUUCUUUUGGGGUUUAGAUGUUCAAAAAGAGGUAUAGGAAAACACGAGCUAUACGUAUGGG